CGCAUUCUUCUCGCAAACAUGAAAGCCCAUUUAUACCCUGUCGUUUGUGACUUAGGUCCUCCAUCCCCUCUAGGUUAUUCCCUCAUAGACUCUUACGACUUGUUAACAAUCCACUCGGUGCUGGGACGCCUAAACUCUCCACGACUCUCUAGCAUUCGCACACACCUUGCUCCUCAUACUUGGUUCUCAACAUGAUGCCUACUCGCUCUGUCUACUUCAUCGGCCUGAACGUUGUUCGCGCUUUGAGCCUUAUUUCUCUCAUACUAGUCUUCGCUAGUAGUAUAUUCGUCAUGGUCACCGAUAUCAAAGCUGUGAACAGGUUCACAGCAGCCGGUUUGAACUCGUCGGAUGCAGACUGCGAAUAUAUUGAGGACAGUACAGUACCAAAUCAGCCAGCUGGCGUGUUUUGGGCUGUGGUCAACCGCCUCCUCAUCAUCUUUCAAGUCAUCUUCCUGAUCCUGUCCGAGGUCGAAUGGCCCAUGUCCUUCUUUGACCGCUUCUUCCCCGUCCUUGGUUCUCAAUUUGGCCUCGGCGCACUCGGAAUCUUUGAAUGCUUAAUCGGCGCGACGGUACUGUCGCACCACGUAGACGACUUCACCCUGGUCGCUGCAUUCUUCCUUUUCUCCGUGGGUUGUCUCAACAUCGUGCUUGGCCUCGUUUUCCGCGAAUCCGCCAAACCCAAGCGCAGUAUUUUAGCCUGGCGCGCGGAGAAGAACGGCGUGCUCCCGACAACUGCCCCAGCCCCGCAGUCCCUGAGUAAAUUGUCCUUCCGUGACUCGUUGGGCGGUAGGAAGGCGGACGCGGGCGAAUUUGGUGUCCGGGAUAAGUCAACCUUCGGUUUUGGAAGGCAGGGCGAGAAGCAGGCCGGGUUGAAGGGUUUUCUCCUCUCCAGACCUGUUGAAUCCCUUCCACGCCAUGCGACAAGACCUCCA